UCAAACCAGGGUGAAUCCUUCUUGCACCUUUACCUAGCAUACCGUUCCAGGCGUUCGUUCGCAGUAGUCGGUAUGGAGUUUGCUGUCGUGUUAACGUUCCUCCUCCUUUUCAGGGCCGCAGUGGCCUGUAAUCCAGGCGAGUUCUCCUGUACGGACGGGUCAGACUGUGUGACGACCAGCUGGCUGUGUGACGGCUGGCAAGACUGUGACGAUAGCUCGGACGAAGUGCAGGCAAACUGCGACGCUCAUCCCUACAACUGUGACGCCAACCAGUUUGAGUGCCCGAACAGUGGUCGCUGUAUCCCGGAUGUGUGGAGAUGCGACGGUGAUGAUGACUGUUCGGACAACAGCGACGAACAGGACUGUUCUGGUACUGUAGCCCCUGGCGGAACAGGAAGCAACUGCAACCACGUGCAGGAGGGAUCUGACUCGGGAACCAUCUCCCUCACUAACUACCAGAACAACAUGGACUGUCUGUGGACAAUAUCCGUCAGUGCUGGCAACGCCGUUAUGCUGCAGUUCACCAGCUUCUCGCUAGAAGAGGACUCUCUGUGCGAGUACGACUACGUAGCUGUCUAUGACGGACCGACCGUCUCUUCCCCGCUGCUGGGGAAGUUCUGCGGCUCCACCCCGCCCGGCCCUGUCCAGUCUAGCGGCAACCAGAUCGUCGUCCGGUUCUACUCGGACUACAGCGGAGAGUACGACGGUUUUGAAGCCACGUACACCGCUGUGACACCCAGUGCUUAAAAUCUCUUAAUUUUUCCAGCUAAUAAACUGAUCGGAGUUAUUUUUGUGGUCUUCUG